GGCUGGGAACAGGAUGCUGUCAGGCCGAACAGACGGACCGACCUAACGGGUACAAACCGCAGCAGCAUCCUUUGUUUUCUGGAGCUGAAUACAAAGCUAUUGCAUCUGCUGAAAAUUUGCAGCACCUGGAGGACAAGGUGGAGACACUCCACAGCUCCAGCAGCCAAUAGCAACGCUUAAGAGGGGAACAAGAAUCAGACUGUGAUGGUGGCAGCCUGUAGGACAUCCUCAGACUGAUUGUGUGUGAAGCUGCAGUGAGAGACGGAGUGACACUGGAGAUGCAGCAGGGGUUGAUGUUUCAUUUUCCACCAUCCUUUUCUUUUCCUUGGGCCCUGUAGAAGCACUCGUCCACACCACUGCACUGACACGCACUCGUCACUUUUUUCCUCUUCUCCACCCUGACACUGCACUCUUUCUUUCUCUUCACAUCCAUCUCUCUGUCCAUCUUGCUCAGUAAAUGGGGCAGUGGGGAUUAACUACUACAAACCAGUCACAAGCUCUCAGUACAGAGCAGUGAAGUCUGCCUCAGUCCCACAGGGUCCCAAAGGCCAUGAGGAGGCCCCGGAGAAAUUUCUCUUUCUAGACUUUCUCUUCUCCCCCUUGUGUCUUCAUGUUGUGGGGGUCCUCUUGUGCCCCCACCCUCUGUCAACCCCCCCGCACCUGCUGCCACCACGGCCGGCCACCCCAAUCGACUCAUUGCCAUGCCGACAGAGACACUGGCUCCAACUCUGCCAGAUAGCAAGGCCGCUGGCCCCGCAACACCCUUCAGUUCCACAGUACCUCUUCGCAUCCUCAACAAAGGCCCUGAGUACUUCAGGAGACAGGUUGAACCGAACCCAAAGCGCCUCAGUGCAGUGGAAAGACUGGAGGCUGAUAAAGCCAAGUAUGUCAAGAGCCAGGAGGUUAUCAACGCUAAGCAAGAACCAAUCAAACCGCCAGUGCUGGCCAAACCUCCCAUUGGCCAUACUCUUCUGUCCAAGAGGGGCUCUGGGAUUGGUGGAGGAGGAAAUGGAGGCGCAAUACCUUUCAAAGCAUCCAAUAACAAUGCCAAGUCAGACACCUGUGCAAAAAGUAGCAGCAGCAGUAAACGAGAAAAUUUAAACUUGGAGAUUCUAAAAAAUCUGCUAAACUCAUCGUCAUCUUCAGGAGCAGCGUCUGAAGGUCUGGGAAGCGGAGCUAAGAGUGCAGUAUUGAUGAGGUCUUCAGGUGGUAUGCCUCGAAGCUGGACACCAUCAGGGAUGCCAUUAACCUAUCGAUCGACAAUGACACUCAAUGAGCAGCCACCAGACUCCGCCCCCAGUCCGAGCACCUCACACUCCCUCCGAUCCUUCUCACAUUCUCUCAAGGUCCUUCCACUGAACAGCGGGGGACGUUGCAGCCCACAACUUGGAGGGAACCUAAACCUCAGUAGACGAGUACUGGAUGAGCGAGGAGGUGGAGUCAUGGGACGGUCGUGUUCCCCUCUGCCUCCACUGCUCACCUCUCACUCCUCCUCAGACCUCCUCCGACUCUGCAACGGCAAGCCACUUCGCACAGCUCGAUCCAGUAGCUCCUCAGCUCCGCCCCUCCCACCAAAACCCAACCCUGCCUCUCUCCCUCCUCCUGCCCUGUCAUUGUCGCUGCCCCCUCCCCGUCCAAUUCCAUCCCCCUCGCCUUACAGCAAUGCCACUCCUCAGUCACUACCGUGUGAUUUUGGGGACUCUCCCAACCCAUCAAGUGAUCCCAACCUGGAGCUUGAGCUUGGUUCGUCUGUGGCACGUCGCUCAUCACUUCACAGAUCUAAAUCAGACUUGUCCGACCGGUACGCCCGGGCUGGAGCUGAUGUGGAACGCUUCUUUAAUUAUUGUGGCCUGGAUCCAGAGGAGCUGGAGGCUGUCGGUCCAGAAAACUUUGCACGGGCCAAUUCAGACAUUGUGAGCCUCAACUUUAGAUCUGCUUCCAUGAUUUCUUCUGACUGUGACAGGUCACGGCGAUCUUCCAAUGAUGGCCUGUCGGAUGGGGAUGAGGGUGAGGAUGAGGAGGAGGAAGCAGGAGAGCGAGUUCCAUAUGGCAUCUCAGCUGUGGAAAGGAAUGCAAGAGUUAUAAAGUGGCUGUACAGCAUCAAACAGGCAAGGGAGACACAAAAAGUUUCGCAUGUGUAGAAGAAGCACUACUGUGGUUUGGUUGUUAUGCAAACAGGCUUUUAAUGACAUUUCAGGUUACAGGUUUGAAGAACUGUGGGAAGAGGAAGAAUGAGUAUAAUCUCAAAACUGGUCACACAUGCAUUUAAAUAAAUCAGCCUUUGGAUGGGAUGCAAAGUCUGAAACAAGACAGAGAACAGACAUCAUUUUGUAAGAAACAAAUUAAGUGAUGAGGAAAAGACUUGAAACCUUGAAAGUGUGGAACACUAACUGGAACACAUAAAUAAAUGGGUUAUCAAGGUUGGUUUGGAGAGAAGCAAACUUGGGACAUAUACAAAAAAUAUGUAUCUUACGGUUUGUCAGUGAGCUCUGUGAACCAACAGACUCAGUCUGUCAAUUGGCUUUAGCAACAGGAACAAGAGCGAAAUGCACUACAAUUGUCUAAGGACUCAUAUCAUGACUGCUCAGUACAAAAGGAUUUAGACCUUUAUCACAGGGGACAGUUUGGCUUGUCAAAAACAGGUUUCACUUGAGUGAGUUGAUGAUCUUCUGCUGAAUCACUGCCUUCAUCCUACUUUUUGUUUAAAUGAUCUGCUAUUAGUUCUAUUCUUGUUCUGUGCCUCCCCUUUGAGAAUCAGUCAUCCACUGUUUUUCAACUUCAACAUCCCAAGUUAUCUCCCACAAUGAAAGCAACAGAGGAAUCACAAUAAAAAAAAAAACUGCAAGUGACUAAUCUAUACAUUGGUAUAUAUAAUGUUUAAGUUUAAGGUUGAACUGAAAGAAAUCAGGUUUUAACAAAAUACACCCAAAACAGAGUUCAUUCUUAUACUGUGUACAGAUGAAAAGCAAAGCAACCUGCACCCAGACAGAUCUGUGACACUGUGUCACAAUGGCAAUCAACAUCAAGAUCAUCUAGACUGCAAUAACAAGUCAGAAAUGGGAAAACUGUAUGAAACUUGAUAGAGGGAAUUCACACUACAGAUAUGCCCUGCCCUGUUUCCUGUCUUUUUUAUUUACCUUAGUUAAUCAUUAAUAAUAAUUAUUCAGUUGCUGAUCAUCUGUGGUUAAUCAGAAACAUUUGUAGUCAUACAGUACAGAACAUUUAUUAAUAUUCCUAGUUUCUCCUUUGCUUCCCCUGCAAUGACAAGUCAAAUGUCCACCUAGUGAAAGGCCCAUGUUGCAGUUUUGAUGUCCCCCAUUUAAAGACUGAAGAAAGUCCUGACAUCUUUAGACACUGAACUCUAUCUGUCAAAAACACAAUCAGUUUGGAAAGUCUGUGAUGCUGGUACACUGUGUGACCUUAAACAUGUCGGCACCAAGCCCCCCAAGAUCAGAGCAGGGUUUUGAAGCAAAUCUGGCAUAGUAGCCAAACCACGACGGAGACACGUGUAAGGUGGUGGAUAUAUUUCUCAGAGCAACAAAACCCCACAGUUCACCUCUUUUAUUUUCAGAUUUUGGUUAAUUUGUCUCAGUAAUAUCUUUAAGUUUAACAGAGCUAUAAGAUUACUUUAACUUAUCCCUUUUGUGUGGUGAUGACCAGAAAUCAGCUGGUCCAACCAGCAAGUCUGUAGUGCACCAUGGACCCAAAAACAGACAUGUAUAGGGAACAUCUGAGUAAUUUUUUUUUCUUAAAUCCCCAGAAGCCUGAGAAUGUUUUCUGCUUCAUGCUUGUCUGAGCAAAUUUCACAGGGUUGAAUGGGCGCCAUCUUUGAGGUCUUGCAUCCAGUUCUAAUAAUUAAUAUUUAUUACAGGUGACUGCAUGAUAGAUCAAUUAAACACUAAUGGGUCAGAAAGAUUUAUUAACGUUAAGAAAACUCUCCUCACAAAGUGAGGAGUAAGCUAGCUGUUAUCAAGCUUCACUUAUUGUUAAGCUUGAUUUUGUAAUUGUUAAAUGACUGCCUUGGAGAGUGUGAUGCCUAAGUGACAAAGGAAUAAGAGGACUAUAUCACUGAGUGGUUUGACAGAUAAACUCAUAUUAUCAAAUAUAAUCUUGAAUACUCAUCUAUAUAGCAUAAAGAUCACACUAUCAUUGCCUUUGGUUUUAUAUCAGGCCAGUACUGGCCUGAAACCCUGUCAUCAACCUGUUAAUGUCAUCUGACAAAGGUUUCACUGGGGUGUUUUAGUGUCCCAUUUGGAUAUUUCAACUUAGAGGCUGUCUCACCCAGACCAAUUCAUUGAUGAAAUGGAUUAAAACUUCCAAAUGUUCCAAGUUAUUAGGUCUACAUAUUAAAAAUGUUAUUGUUUAAUUGCAUAAUAUUGAGGUGCUCUGCUACCUAGGUUGGUGUUUGUUUCCAUUCACUUAGACCUUUUAACAGAAGCCAUCCUGUUUAUCAGGUACCAGGUUUCAAAUCAGCUUUCCGUUAAAGUCUGCUAUAGCAAGCCUUUAACGUUUAGCUGCUUCAUGAUACCCUAACCUCAAGUGAAAGCUUUUAGCAGUUGAACUGCUGAACAGUGUAUGUUUAGACUUUUGAAAGGGAACGUCUUCUAAUUUUUGUGUUUACCAUGUGGCUAAAAUACAGCUUGAGCAACAACAGGAUUGGGAUAACUGGAUCUCAGUCCAUUCAAGUAUCUGUGAGAGCAUUACUUUAUGAUGACCUGCCUAAUACUGUGUAGGUCCCACUAAUACUAACCCAAGGCAUGGACUUCAUGAGACUUCCAAGGGUGUUCUGGGGUAUCUGACACAAAAAUGUUAACGACAGUCCUCUAAGUGGUAUGGUGGGGCCUCAGUGGGUGGGAUUUAUUUGUCCAGUACAUUCCACAGAUGAUGGAUUGGACUGAAUCGCCAUAUUAGACCAUACUAUUAAUGGGGUGGAAUGUAUUGAACACUAAGUGAACAAUAGUUUGGUGGUACCUAUCUUCAGUAUGUCACAAUUAAUGAUUUUUGUAAGUAGAAUGAGCAGUGGGUGUUUGGGGUUGAAUAACUAGAGCUUCAGCCAUAUCACAGCGGUCAUAAUGUGGGGCACUCCAACUCUCCAUUGAACACUACAUCAGUCAAUAUUUUUGACAGUAUUUACACCAUUUUGUCUAUAAAGCUAUGCUGAAAGCAAUACUAAUAAACAUUUUCAUUCACUUUUACAGGAUGUAUUCUAGCAGUACAGAAAAGGAACAUCGAAGGAAGAUUCCAGUCAUGUUUUAUGUCAGUCUCUCUUCUCUCUAGAGUUGCUUAUACUGUAGUUCACAUCCUGCAGACUCUAUCUCUGUCAUACACACAUACAUGUUUUGCUUACAUGUAUUUAGGUGAAAUUAUAUGGACUUACAUUCUAGAGAUUUAACUACACAGUAACAGACAUAAGUCUAACCCGAAUUUCAAAACAAGCCUUUAUCAUAAAUAGGAAUUUCCCAAAAUAUUGGGAGCUGUAUUUUGUCCCCAUUUGCUGUAUGAGGCCCCACCAGUGACUGCAUAAACACAAUUGUCUCUAUAACAUAAUAACUGAUCACACACACAUCUCGUAAUGUUCCUUGAUUUCUUUUAAGAACACUAUAGACUGUGUUCAGGGUGAACACACUGUCAGUUCCUCAGCUCUGCUUUUGUCUAAUUGCGUCUUUAUGUGCAAAUCCUUAAAGCCUGUCCCAGGAAGAAGCCUCUGCUCAGCCCUCAUUUGUACACUGAUAGUGAAAAGCGAUGGUUGUACAAGUCAUCUCUUCUGUCUACAUGUCUGCAUGUGGCUGACAUAUCUGGAGGCCUGAAGCCAUAUUUGGGUAUGAAUGCAGUGCCACAAUCAGCAUCCCCCAACAGUCCAUGUGUCUGUCUACCCCCGUCUACCUCUCCCUCCUUGUAUUCUCUUAAAAUGUAUGGUGCUUCAGUGUGUAUCCAGAAUCCCAGCUGGACUUCAUUUUCACUUCCUUCAGUGCACUGUCAGACAACUCUAGGGAUACAGAGUGGUCUCCACACAGCGGGACAUUAUGUAAACCUGAUUAGUUAUGUCAUAAUGUGGACAAACCGUUGGCUCUGUAAUUUUGACAUGUUUGAAAAAGAAAGGGUGGAGUUUUGUGGAGGGCAAAAUGAGCCACAUUAUAGUAAAGUAUGAUAGCUGAUACAGAUUUUUCACAUUUAUCUCUGUCAGUUCUCAUUUCAUGCAUUUUAAGAUACAGCUCUGUUAUAUAACAGUUACAAAGGUGACAUAAGUUGCACAUUUUUGGUUACAUGAUUCCAUUCUGAAUCAACACAUGAAUGUGAUUCAUGAUGUGAUUUCUUCUUAAAACUAAGGAGUUAAGGCUUAUCUCAGUGAUUGUUCAUGUCAGUUGUGCCUAAAAGAGCAUGUUUUUUGUAGUUUUCCUUUGAUGGAGAACACAUUUUACUGAUAUAUUUACAGUGAAUGAACAUUUUGAGAUUGGAGACCUUUUUUUCCUUAGUUUUUUUGUUUGUCAUUGUACAUUAAAUUGACUGGGUAAAUCAGGAGUUUUCAAGUUUUAAAAGACAAGGACAAUAGCAUAUGAAUAAUACUAAUAGGGUGCCAACAUGCUUUAUGGUCACCUGAUUAGAUUAUGAAACUUUUUCUUCUCAUAAUUAUAAUGUUUCUAUGGUCAAAGAUUGGCUGUCAUGUAGGCUAGCUUAAAUAAAUGAAAAUGUAAUGUGUUUAAGAGACAAACUUAAGGACUUCAAUUUGUCCCUCCAUAUGGAAAUGAAAGUGAAGUGACCACUGUCCAGUGCACAGACCCUCUCCAUGCCCUUGCUCUGAGCUCAGGGCUGUGUUCGCAUGCUCCUGUCCAUAACUUGAUCUGUCAUUCCCAUUUGUCUUCCCAGUGAACACCCAUCUGGAUCCCAGGAAAACUCUGCUGCUUUUCAUUGUCAGCAUUAAUAAAGACAAUAGUGUAUUGUUGCAGCAGUGUAAUGAUUCCUCACUUUCAGUUCUGUCUACAUGGUGUUUUUUUUUUUUGUUUUUGUUUUUUUUUUGUGUUUUUUUAUUAUAGGAUUGACAGAUAGAGUUCUUCUGUGGUACUUGCAUUUUUUUUAAAUUCCUAUGUGUAAAUGCUAUAAGAAAAAUGUAUAUAUUUGAUUUCAAAAGGCAAUGUGUUGAAUUUCUGUUAUUCUCUGUCUUAAGGUUUGUGUGUUACAAAAGAUUGUGAACAGGAAAAACCUUUCUUUGCUCUUUGCUGUCGGUACAGUACUGUCUGAUCACACCCAGACAGGAUCAUUUCAGAGAUUUUAGUGUUGACUGUGUUUUUCAACGUUAAAUUGUUACAUUUUGCUUGAAUGAAAAAAAAAGUGUUCAUGUUUAGUUUAUUUUUCAUUAUUUCAAUAAAUGGCAACUUUCGCCACUUCUUGA